GGGCAGGGCGGGAGGGUCGACCGGUGGGCGGCGCCUCUCCAGGCCCGAGGCCGCUCGGGGCCGGCGCCGCCCUCGGCCUCUCGCCGUCCCUCCCUCCUGCACGCCGGCGCCUGGAGGCUGCGCUUCCUGCGUCCCCAUCCCGGUCCCGGCGCGGGCGGUGCGCCCCUCUCCGCCACCGCCUCGCUGGGUCGGGACUCCCCGAGCCCUGGGAUCACAGCGCCCCGGAAGAGGCAGCCCGAGGGGACGGGGUCGUGGAGCCCCCGGUCCCCGGUAGUGCGACCGUGACCAAGCUGGCCCCGCAGCCGCCCGGCGGCCGCACCAACUUCCGUGCCCACCAGCGGUGCGCAAGGAUUCCCUUUUUCCUCCACAUCCUUGCCCGCGCUUAUGACUUCGCGUCUUUUUGAUGACGGCCGUUCUGACAGAUGUGACGUGAUACCUCGUGGCGGUUUUGACUCGCAUUUCCUGCUGGUGGGUCCUUAAUUCAAGAUUUUAGUAUGAAGAAUUGUUUCCCAGCCUGCCCUGAGUACCCCAGACCUCUCGGCCGCAGCCAUCCGCACAGGAUGCCUCGAACUUGCCCGAAGCCAUCCCUCGAGAGCUCAGCCGCUGUUUCUUUGGGGUGGCCCUAGGGAUUUUGUGCAGGGCGUUGAGCGGGUUUUGGGUUGCUUUGGCUGCUGCUGCUGCCCUUAUCUAUUGAUUUUCUUCCUUGGAGCCCGGCCUUGCCCUGCGCGCCCCCCCCACCCCCCACCCCGGCAUGAUGGCCCAGUCGAAGGCCAACGGCUCCCACUAUGCGCUGACCGCCAUCGGCCUGGGGAUGCUGGUUCUUGGGGUCAUCAUGGCCAUGUGGAACCUGGUGCCCGGGUUCAGCGCCGCCGAAAAGCCGACCGCCCAGGGGAACAACAAGACAGAGAUCGGCAGCGGGAUUCUCAAGAGUAAGACCUUCUCCGUGGCCUACGUGCUGGUAGGGGCUGGGGUGAUGCUCCUGCUGCUCUCCAUCUGCCUGAGCAUCCGGGACAAGAGGAAGCAACGACAAGGCGAGGAGAUGGCCCACAUCCAGCACCAGGCGGGGGCCGAGCCACAUGCCCCAGAGGACGACAGCCAGGAGGAGGAGGAGGAGGCCUCCUCAAGGUACUAUGUCCCCAGCUACGAGGAGGUGAUGAACACAGACUACUCAGAGGCGAGGGCACCGGACCAGAACCCGAGGAUGAGCAUCUCUCUCCCCUCCUACGAGUCCUUGACGGGGCUCGACGAGUCGAGCCCCACGGCAGCCAGGGCCAACGCGGAGACCGGCGCAGGGAAUCCCCCCGACAGGCAGAACUCCAAGCUGGCCAAGCGCCUGAAGCCGCUGAAAGUGCGAAGGAUUAAAUCCGAAAAGCUCCACCUCAAGGACUUCAGGAUCAACCUCCCGGACAAAAACGCCCCUGCCCCCUCCAUCGAGCCGUUGACUCCCCCGCCACAGUACGACGAAGUCCACGAGAAGCCUUCGGACGCCCGGCCACCCGACUGACGACCUCGCUCCGUGUGUCCCUCCGGCUGCUCACCCUCCACACCACGGACCCCCAGUGAAGCCACUUCAGCUGCAGUCGAGAAGCGGAGGGGCCGGAUGCACCCAGAGCGAUGUGGCUGGGGGUGGGGGGUGGGGGGGUCCCGGGACUAGGGGGUGACUGACGUCCACAGAACCUCACCUAGCAGGUGCGUCCGAAAGAGCCGCCGCCUCGGGCCUCGGGACGUGCACCCCGCCGGGGCCGCCGCGUAGGCACCUUCCCUGUUGUUCCUCCCCCGCCUCGGACUCGUUGGCGACAACGCCCCUCUUUCCGAUCAGGAGAGGACCCCGAGCGGCUGGUUUAGGUUGUGAUUUUUGUUUUGCUUCCACUAGGACUGUUUUGUGUCAAAGAGAAAACAAGUUAUCGUGCCUUCGCUUUCCUCACUGGAGUCCUGAGCUGUGGGCAGGAGAUGUGACUCAGCCUUAUAGAAAGGACACGGGUCGGUUCGUGAAUGAAGACAAACCAGGGGCUGAAUGAUUGGGGACGGGGGGGGGGGGGGAGCGAGGCCCGGGGUCGGUGGGGGGGCUCUCUCAGAGUCCCUGAAGCCAUCCACUCUCUGAGGGUCCAAGGCCCGGUGAUGCAUUCCAUCAGAGUCUUUCCUGGCUCCCUCUCCUAGUCUCUCCUGUGUAAGGGCAAAAAAGGAAAGCAUACUAUGAGAUGCUCUGUUCCUUCGAAAAUGCCAUGCAACUGAGCUUUUUAUAAUAAAAUAUUUUAUAUGGACUACA